UAUUAUAUGAAUUAACAAUAAUAUAUUUUACAUAUUAUCUGUACUCAUGUUAGUUCUUCUAUCGCUUAAAAUUUGUUUAUAGAGACUAAAUGAACGAUCAACAGCAACAGAUCUUAGAGAUGCAAACUUCAAGUCAACAACUACAUUAGGUGUAAAAUAUUCAGAGAGAUCUUCAUAGUUUCCACAUAAAAUGUUCCCAACUUUUGCUAACAUUUGGUAUAUUGGUAAGUUUGCAGAUAACAGUUUGUACAAUCUCCAACUAUGAAAAAAAAAAAAAUCAAAUAUUCUAAAAUAUGCUAAAUGGGCUAAAUAUUCUCUAAUCUAUGAUAUAUUCUCAAAUAUGCAAAAAAAACUUUUUUCAGUUCUUUUAACUCAGAAUUGAAUGAAUCGUCCACAUUUUUUACUCUCAUACAACUGCAUAGAUCAAGUAACGAUAUGUAAAAACAUAUAAAUCCGGUCUUUAUUUAUAAUCAAUAUGCUCAUUUGUAUUACCAUAGUAACAUAUAAUCAAAGCAAUAUAGUGUGUGUGUGUGUGUGUGUGUGUUUAUCAGUUGAACUAUGAAGUAAAAAGUACUUAAGUUAUUUAAAUCCAAUAUUUAAAUUAUAUCAUCAAAAUAAAAAUGAGUUGUAAUUAUAAAAAUGUUCACACACCCAUAGAAUGGCAAAAAAAUUGUGAAUUGGAAUUAAAAACUGCUGAGAAACAACAAGAAUUGGCCCAACGAUUAAUACUUGAAGCAGAUCGAUUGAUUAACCAGGCAAAAGAAGCGGUGGUAAAAAAUAAACUUGAGACUGAGCAUCAGGCCAAGGUGAAAGUUAAUGACGUAGUUUAUAAGUGUAAUGAGAUUGAAAAGAAAAAAUUUGAAUUGGAAGAAGAAAUAGAGUUACUCUUAAAUUACCAAAGGCGUAUUGAAAAAGCCAAAAAAUGUCUUAUCGGUGAUUCUCUUGAUGUAAUUGCUGAGUGUCUUAAAUCCAGAAAACAAAGGGAAUGUAUAGACUUGGUGUUUGAUGAUGUAGAAAAGGAACUUUUAAAAGAACGUGAACUCAUUUUGGGCAUUAAAGAUCAGCUUGAAGAGUUGUUAGAUAAAGUUUUAUUACAAAUCAGAAAACUAAGGCCAUUUGCUUAUAAUUUAGCUGAAGAUUUACAUUUAAAGCAAAAUACACUUAAAAUUGAAGAACACAAUGAGCAGCUCAAUGAAAAAUGCUCAGUGUUGGAUACUAAAAAUGUAUUUAAACCAGCUAUGAUUUCCAUGAUAGAAUGGGAUUGUUUUACGUCGGACAUUAUAACAAAGGCUGACAAAGUAUUAGUAGAUGGUAGACCUAUUCGCGCAUUUUUCGACAAGUGUUUAAAUAAAAUGACCGAAGACCUGAAAGUUCAAUCAGAUAUAGUCAACCAAGCGAUUAGAUUACGCGUGGAUGAGUAUGAACAAAUGAUUGAAAAUUUGAACAAGCAGAAGACCGAAACGAUCGACAAAAUUAAUCAAGUUCAAAUAACAAUCGACAAUCUUGUAAAAGCUGUGGAUGACAAACAGUCCCACUUAGCAAUAGCACAUACGCGGUUGUUGAACCGAACGCGCAGAGAAGGUAUCGAAUUGUGCAGGGAUGAAGUAGAGGUUCAGCUGUACGACGAAGUGCUCGAACUAGAAAACAAUGUGAAAGGUUUAAAAAAAAUGAUAGCCGAAUCAGUCGAGUGCCUCCGACGCCUUAAACAGGUAUCCACAAGAAUCGAUAUUCAACUACAAAUAAAGAAGAAUUCAUUGCGCAUUGACAAUGAACUGUGUUUCGAACAACGUAAACGAGUUAACUACAGUUUUUAUUAAGCUUUGUUACAUAUCGUUCAAUACUAUUCUUAAUAACCAUACUAACCCUUGUCCAUCUUUUCGUUUUGUCUGGAUUCAUGGUUUCUAUUUCAUUAUUUAGUACAACCAUUUGUUUUUCAGAACAUUGAAUGAGUAUCUUCACUGUUUCUCAAAUGUGCAUAUUUUUUUAGUACUUAUACAAAUGUACGUUCAUAACUAAUGAAUGUUAAAAUAAAUAAUUAUUAAAAGUUUGAUGGGAUUAGAAACGGUAAUCUCUGUAUCAUACGCGUAACAUAGGGAUUUAAAUGUUGUAUAUUUCCAACGUACCGAUCAAACUCUUGGUGUAAAAAAUAUUUUGAAAUCUGAUUCGAAUUGGUUAUUAAAUCUAUUUAAUAAAUUCUUAUUUUUUAAUGUUUUUCCAAAUGAAAUGGUCUUAAUAAAGUAUAAUGAAGACGGCAAGUUUUUUGAUACCAUGAAACAAUGGAUGAAAGGAAACCCUCUUCAGAUUAUAUCAACGUAUCAUAUAACAAUAAUAAACAUGCAUAGCCUAUAAAACUUAUAAAUUUAUAAAUCAUGGUAAAUGUAUAGAAAGACAAUGCAUGUUUUCCUGAUAAAAUUACUACAGUGAAUAUAAAUGUAUUUUCCAAUAUUUUUAUUUUAGGGUAAUUUUAUGGUUGAAAAAUGUAUUGUUAUCAAAUUCCUAUUUCAUCUCUUAACCUAUUUAGAAAAAUAACUUUUAAACUUUCAUUUCUAUAAAAUUGCAAUAUAUAUAAUUUGUACCUAACCUAACCAAACCUACAAUAUAAGACCUUACGUUACAUUUCUAUGAAAUACCUCUCCGUACAUGGCUGUAACACGAUUGCGCCCGUCCUACAUUUUUACAUGAAAAAAACACAACACGAUUGCGCCCAGCUAAUUAGCUCGAUAGCACCAGGUUUUACCUUUUUACCUGCAAAAAACGCAACACGAUUGCGCCCAGCAAAGUAGCUCGAUAGCGCUCCGUGAAAUAUAAGGUCUUGCAUUUCUAACAAUUUUCAAAUAUACUAUUUAAAAAUAUAUUUGGAGUGUAAAACUCAAAGUUUAAAUUAGGUUAAAUUAUCAUUUUAACAAUUUUCCUUCCCGAUUUUACAGGCUUAGGACUGACAAUUUUCUGUGCUACGUAGUUCUUGUCUAAUUAUUUUAUUCGGUCUCGUAAAGAAGUUGUUUUCACAUUUUUUUUUUAUUUUACAAUUUAUUAUUUGUUUACUAUAUUUUCUGAAAUUAUGUGGUGAUGGUGUUCAUUGAACACGCUAAGAUCUUUUGUCACAUCAUUGUCAACAUAAACACUCGAUGGAAAAUUGAUAAUCUAACCUAACUUAAACUUUGAGUUUUACACACUGACCGUAUUUUUAAAUAGUAUAUUUUAAAAUUGUUAGAAAGGCAAGACCUUAUAUUUCACGGAGUGCUAUUGAGCUACUUCACUGGGUGCAAUCGUGUUAUGUUUUUUUCAUGUAAAAAGAUAGGACGGGCUCAAUCGUCUUUCACCGCCGUCCAUAUUAAUGAAACAAUUAACAAUGACCUGCACAUACUCAUCAUUAAACUGUUAUAGGUCCAUUGACCAUUACAAAACUUUCACAAAUUUUAAUUAAUCUAAUUUUCAUCAGAAUUCUAUUUUAUUAUUUAUAUCUCUUUCUCUUGCCUCAUUGCUAAUUGAGUAAUAUCGCCUUAAAAGGUCAUGACACAGAGACAAUAGAACAAUAGCAUAAAAUGUCUUUUGUGAAUAAAUAUUAUUCCCUUGAUAGUAAAAAUGACUAUAAUUGUAUACUAUAAAUUAAAAUAUCUAUAUGAGUAGGUACUGCCAAGAGGUGGCUUGUCCUCUGGUGAACAAGUAAAUAAUAUAUGUUUAAACUCUAAAUGAAACAAGAAAUGUUCAUUUUUUUGUAUUUUGUCUCUAAUAUUUUUUGUUUAAAGAUCCUGAGGGCUGAGAAUACAAUUCCCAAUGAUUUAACCAGAUAAAGUUGAUACAAUAUUUUUACCAUGGUUUAUAAUUUAUUGUGUGCACAAUGCGUGCUUAUUAUAUUUAUGUUAUGUUAU